UUUUGAUUGGAGGGGCCACUCCUCUAGAGUUUACAGACCAAAGAUAAAAUGCAGUAAAUUUGCAUAAAUUUCAAAACCUAGCCAGGGCCGUCGACCCCCUCAGCCCCCUUUGGGUCCGCAGUUGUUUGGUUGGAAUGCUGCUGCCUUUUCAGUUUGUUUUCUUACCUUUGUGAGGGAUUAGGUCACUGUUUUGUGGUCUGCCCUUAGGCAGAUUCGCCAGCAGGUGAAGCAAUAUAGUUCGGUGCGUGAAUGGAGAUCUCAGCUUUUUUAGCAUAGCCUUUACUUAAGGCAUAAAAUCUUCUACGCUGUAGAAUGUCAGGCCUAUAUCACUUUCUUUAACCUUUUUUUGCAAAUCAAAUGAAAAAGCCCUAACGAAACCAAAUCAAGAAACCGCAGAACACAACCUCGAUGGUUCGAUCAACCUUGGAUACUCAAGCACACAGUGACGAUUGGUACUCAAUUUUCUAGGGAGAAAGUAGAGAGAGAGAGAAACAGAAGAAAUGGCAGAACAGAGCUUUCUGGAUUUGAAACCCAAGUUGAGAAAAAUUCGCAUUUUAGGGUUUCAUCCUGCUCUCCUCCUUCUAGAUCUACCGUCCUGCGCCCAAGCUUGUUGCCAUACUGAUAGAGAAACUGUUACUUUGCAAUAAAUGGCUGAUUCGAUUCCUGAUGGUUGGCAUUCCGAAUAUGAAAUUGGUAAAAAUGGUAAAGAAAUUAAGUGUUAUAAAAAUGAUAUAGGCCAGACAUUCUACAGCGUAGGAGAUCUUUUGCGUUAUGUAAACUAUGCUAAAAGAGCUGAGGUUUCCAUUUAUGCACCGGAAUUCUGGGUUCUUACACGUGUUUCCUUAUUGCAGAACUAUACUCCUACAACUGUUGGCGCAUCCCGAGGCAGAAACAAACAGCGACCUAAUCCCCCAAAUGUAAGGAAAGAAGCUGAAAAGGCAGCAGCAGGGAAGCAACGCUCAAAAGGUCUCAUCCAUGAUUCCAAUCAAAGUGAUGAAAAAAGAGAUAACCCAGAAGCAGCAUCUCUGCCAGGUGAACUCCCAAAGAAAGUUCGUCAUCAUAAGGCCCCUAAUUUAGCUUGUGUGUCUGAUGAUGAGGAGGCUCAAUUCCAUCUAAGCAACUAUUACCAAUAAAGAUGCUCGGAAGUUGUGAGC